AUGUGGUUAACGGAUGCCAGACGACUGACUUCCCCCAAUACUGUCAUCUUUCUCAUUGGUAAUAAAGCUGAUCUUGACGAGAAACGUGAUGUUACUUAUGAAGAGGCUAGACAACUGGCAGAAGAAAAUGGGCUUAUGUUUCUAGAGUGUAGUGCUAAAUCUGGUGAGAACGUCGAAGAAGUGUUCAUUGAAACAGCUCGGAAAAUAUUCAAGAACGUCCAGGAUGGAAGUGUAUAUCUAAAUAGCGUUGAUGGAGGAGUUUUAAGUAAAGGUUCACUAACUUCAGGUAACGGACGAAAUAGUGUAGAACUUGGCAAUACUACUACAACUAAUGGUGGGACUCGUCAAAGUGGAUGUGCUUGUUAAAAAAAGAAUGCAUAUACAAAGCGAAAGUAAACUCAAUAAGGAAAAUUCUGUUACAUUAUAGGAAUUUAUCUUUCCCGUGAUCAUGAUUAUUUAUUUUAUUUUGUCUCAGAGUAAAGAUCAAUUUUCAUAAUCAACACCGUUAUUACUAUGAUAACAAUUCAUAAUCAUCAUCUUCAAUAUUUAUUAUUG